UUGUCACGAAACAAUAAGUAGUUGAACUUGACAUUGAAUAGUACUAGCACCAAUUUUGAAUAUUAUUAACAUUAAUAAAAUGAAUAUGAUAAUACGUCAAUUAUUUUAUCUUCUUUUAUUUUUUACUACUGUCAACGUCACGAAUGGCUUUAUGAGAAGUGGAAUUACAAUUUAUGGUUAUGUCAUGCCAAGUGCUGAACCUCAGGGCGUAAUUGUGACAAAAAGAAGCAAUAAUGAAACUGAAUUUUUAUAUACAGAAGAAUUUAACGCCAAUACAAAUCCAUUAAAACUUUAUUUCAAUUAUCUUUUCGAAAAUACUGGAAAACGACAAAUCGUAGAAGUUGAUAAUUUAUGUGCGGAACACAAAUACGGUACUCCGGAAUAUGCUGCCAAGUUAUAUGUAUUAAAAUAUUUCGCCAACACUGAUAAAUGUCCAAUAAAAAAGGGAACAAAAGUUACAUUCAAAAUAGGACAGCGUUUUAUAUAUUCUAUAGAAAAUCCAGGCUGUGGUAUUAAUGUUGGAACAUUCAGUUUGUUUAAGAAAACUUCAAUACCAGACAUUACACCAUUAGUCUUUCUGGUCAACUUUAGAGGAAAUAUUACUGGUCCCGAUUGUUGAAAAAAAAAAUGUUUAUUAAUCAGAAAAAAAUAUUAAAUUGUUUAAUUAUUACAAUGGGUAAUCUUUUACAAAAAAUGAAUGAACUAUUUAAUUUUAACGUACAACCAGAAAAAAAUUUCUUUAAUUCAAAGAAAUCAAUUUUUUUCACAAAUUUUUCUUUGAUACAAAGAAAAUUUAUCUGUUUCAAACAAAUUAUCUUUGAUUCAAAAAAAAAAAAUUAUCUUCGUUUCAAAGAAGUUUUUUAUUUAAUUCUAAUAAAUGUUUCUUUCACCAUAUAUUAAAGUUCUUUGAAACGAAGAAACUUUUUUGUUUCAAAGAAAACAAGUCAAAGAAAUUGGUUUCUUUAAAUCAAAGAAUUUUUUUUUCCAAGUGUAAAAAAAGUUUUUAAUAUAUGGGACGUUUCGCGCCAACCGGGCCACCCAUCUCUCCAAAAUUGAGAGCUUUCAAAAUUAUUGAUUAUAUAUAGAAAUUAUGUGUAUAUAUAAGUACUUUUGAAAAAUGAGUGGCCUUUUGAAAAAUCCAAUAUGGCGGCUGAAAUAUAACCCAUAAAAGAAUGAAAAACAGGAAAGAUGGUUGCAAACAUAUAAAUAAAAAUGAAUAUAAUGAAGAAAACAGCUCUGCAUCGACAUAAAGUUCAUCACUUAAGAAUAGACAAUAUAUACCAUAAGUGAAAAUAAUAAAUUUACCAAAUCCAAAAUGGCGGAUCCAAUAUGGCGGACUAAAAUUUUUAAAAGUAAUUGGAAUCACUUGAGACUUGCCACUAAGGGGUUUUUGGGGUCGCUGAUAACGAAUCUGAAGUCAUUUUUUCUAAAAUUCAAAAUGGCGGAUCCAAUAUGGCGGACUAAAAUUUUUAAAAGUAAUUGGAAUCACUUGAGUCUUGCCACCAAGGGGUUUUUGGGGUCGCUAAUAACGAAUCUGAAUUCUUUUUUCUAAAAUUAAUUAUGGCGGAUCCAAUAUGGCGGACGAAUUUCAAAGAAUUAAUCGAAAUCGUGUAAAAGUCGUUACUUGGGGGUUUUAGGAGUCGCUGAUUACAAAUCUUAUCUUACUUUUAUUGAAUUACAUUAUUUUCUUAAGUAAUUGCUCUUUAAAUCUGAAUUAGUAAAAAUGUUUACUAAUUAAAAUUAGUGACUCACUUUUUGCUUUAGAAUUAGUUAAAUUUUACUAAUUGUUAGUAAAAGUUACUAAUAAUUAGUAAAAUUUUUACUAAUUCAGAGGCAAAAAGUGAGACACUAAUUCAAAUUAGUAAACAUUUUUACUAAUUCAGUUUUAGAGAGUGUACCGUCGACAUUGACGUUACCCGAUGAACACCGCGGGGAGGUUGCACGAUCGGUUUUGUACAUCAUAUAGCCCUUAAAAGGGCUGUUUGGUAGAGCUGCCUGAAUUUUGAAAAAAGAUUAAGAUCAAAAUCAGCGUAACAGCAUUUAUUAUUAAUUUUUUUACAUUUAAUAAUGUUUUAUUUAUCAAUAAAAAAGAAUUUUUUAAAUUUACUUAAAAAAGAUUGAAUGUAAAGAAAAAAUUUGAGAAUAGAAAAAGAGGUAAUCUGGGUUACUACUAUGCCACAUAGGGUUAAUCAAAGUCAGAUUUUCUGUAUCUUUUGUUAUAAAUAUCAAAUAUGAAAAUAAAAAAAUGAAGUAAGAAGAA